UUGGACUUUCUUAAGGAGCUACGCUAUGGAACCACAACCGUGAAGCAAUCUACAAGGAAAAGGAAGUUAAAUUUGAUUGCUGGGAGAAGUGUUGGAGAUGGAACUGAAGGUAAAAAUUCUAGGGAUUAUGAUGAAACUGAAGAUUAUGUGGAUUCUGAAGACGGAGAUGUAAAAAACAAAAAACGGAAAGAGGCUAAUAUAGAGAAUGUAAUCGAUCAAAAUGAAAAAAAUACUGAAGAGACGCUUAAAGAUUAUGUUGAUUCUGAAGACGGAGAUUUUAAAAAUAAAAAACGGAAAGAGGCUAGUAAAGACUGUGAAAAUUAUGAUAUAAAAUCAAUGCCAAUCGUUUAUGAUGAUGAAUUUGAAAUAGAAAAUGAAUACUCUCUGGGAUUACCAAUGUGUGAUGAAGAUAAUAAGGAGAGAUUUGGACAUUUGAAUACAAGCUCACAAGUCUUAGCAGAUAUUACAAUUGGAAAUAUUGAAAAAGAAGAGAAACAAAACAAAAAAAUUAACUUUAUUUCUAUUAAAACCUUUUCUAAGGAAAUACAUGUCAAUAAAUGUAAAAACAUAUCGAAAAGUUUUUAUAUUACAAAACAAAAACAUGUUAUUGAUGAUGAAGCGAAACCUAGUACAAGUGGUAUAAAAUCUAUUCCCUCAAGAAGAACGUCUUAUUACAAAAAUGAGAACGAUAUUCUUAAAGAUUUGAUGGAUGAGAACAUGCAAUGA